UUACGAAAGCAGCAGCUUCGGCAAACAUCGGCAUUUUCCGCGAACGGUUAAGGAUGGAGGAAGAGGGACGCAAGCUUCUCGAAGAGGGAAUAAGAAAGAAACUUAUAAGUCCUGGGAGAGGAGAGCUGUCCACAUUUCCUAAUGGAACCAAGGUGGUUUUCCACUACCGCAGCAGCCUCUGUGAUGGCACAGUGCUGGAUGACUCCAGGACCAUGGGGGGUCGCAGUAAACCUAUGGAGCUCAUCUUGGGGAAGAAGUUCAAGCUGGCUGUGUGGGAAAGAAUAGUGAUCACCAUGAGAAAAGGCGAGGUGGCAGAGUUUACCUGCGACACCAAGCACACAGCACUCUACCCACUCGUGUCCCAGUCUCUGAGAAACAUAAGCGUUGGUAAAGAUCCCCUGGAGGGCCAGAGGCACUGCUGUGGCAUCGCUCAGAUCCAUUCCCACCACUCUUUAGGGCACAAAGAUCUGGAUCAUCUACAGGCCAACCCACAGCCUCUUGUCUUUGCUAUCGAGCUGCUGGAGGUGAGCCAGCAGUGGGCAGCAUCUAGUCCUAAUGCCAUCUAUUAUUUCGUCCUCCCAGAUAACGUGAAGGCCUACUACAAACGGGGAAAAGCUCACGCUGCAGUUUGGAACGAGAAGGAGGCCCGUGCAGACUUUGCUAAGGUCUUGGAAUUGGACCCGUCCCUGGAAGCAUCGGUGAACAGGGAGCUGAAGGCCUUGGAGGAGAGGCUCCGCUCCAAGAAGCAGGAGGAAAAGGGUCGUUAUAAGGGCUUGUUCGACUUCAAUGCACAGCCAGCUGCAGCUACCACAGGUUGAACAUCAGAACAGACGGAGACGAAGAUGCCAAUGAAUCUGGCGGAUAAGCAGGAGAACAUUCCCGCCGUUUUAGUUUUACCUGUGCACUUCAGCCAAACAUAUUGCCAACCUGCUCCUCUUCAGGUAUACAUGCAGGCACCACAAGCAUUUAAGCCCUAAUCCUCUGAAUUCACCGUCUAAAUGUGGCUCUGUGGAGUGACUUUAACGGCCCGUGGAAUCAAGUCAGUGCUGCAUGUUUCAUUUAGAGGAGAUCCUUUUUCUUUAUUUAUUUAAGAAAGAAGAUAAGUGCUGAUCCAUGAACGUUUCAGUUGACGAUUUGCUCCUGAUGGAGAAUUCACUUUUUUUUCCUAAUUUUUCCCCCCCAUUUUGUUUCAUAUGGAACUGAAUUUUAGACUUGGAGCCAAUAUGUGAUGCACAGUCUCUUUCCGUAUAAGUUUUUUUUUUUUUUUAUAUAUCUCCACUGCUGGUAUAUAAUCUUUGUAACCAUUGCUGCGUCCUUGUACAGAUGCUAUACUUGCAAAUAGUUUUGCUUACAUGCCUUGACAAGUCUGUUAACUCAAGCACUAAUUUUUAUUUUAUUUUUUUUUUGUGGAAAGGUAAACUAGACAUGAAGCCCCAACGGUUUGACAAUCAUUAAAUUAAUUCUAAAGCGCCCUCCUAUGUUUUUA